AUGGCCGUGGGUGAAGUUCCCAAUCUUGACAACAUCCAAGGCGAUAUCUGGCCUGGUCUGGCAAAAAAAUACCAGAUUUUUUGGUUCUUUCAGAUCGCUGAUGCCAGUGCCUUCAAGCCUAGUCUAGGGAAAUUGCUGGAUGAUAAAGUCAUUACGUCUUCCGCGGAUGCGCUAGGCCACAGAAAGGACAUCCACGAGGUUAAAGCCUCGCAGCCUGGUACAUUGCAUGAGCUAGCUGCAGUCAAUAUUGCUUUCAGCUUCAAAGGAAUGCAGAAGCUGGACAAGGACAAGGACCGCUUCAGGGAUGACCCAUUUCGCAAGGGUAUGGAAAAUGAUAUGGUCAACGAGGGUAGAGACAGAAUCGAGGAAUGGAUGGAUGAAUUCAAAGCGAAAAAUGGUGGCGUUGAUGGCGUGGUGUUGGUGUGCGGGACCGAAACGAAGGUUAAGCAAACCACGGCGGAGCUGGCUAAGAAAUACUUCAGCUCGACUCAAGGAAUCAAGCAUAUCAUUAGCCUUGAUGGCAGAGAACGACCCGAGGAGAACGCAAAGCAUGAGCAUUUCGGUUUCCUGGAUGCCAUUUCGCAGCCUCGGUUAACGGGCUUUGAUAAGACAUGCGAAAAGGGAGAUGGCAAUUACCAACAUAUGUGCCGCCCAGGCCGCAUCAUCAUCGGACACGACGGGGAGAUGAACAAUGAGCCAAAAUCCCAACACCCACCUUGGGCCAAGGACGGCAGCUACCUCGUUGUCCGUAAACUCAAACAAUAUGUACCGGAAUUCAACAACUAUCUAGCAUCCGAGGCUCCUAAACUUAAUUUUACCGAAGACCAGUUAGGGGCACGGCUGGUGGGACGUUGGAAAAGCGGGGCCCCUGUUGAACUACAUCCCGAUGCGGACUGUCCGAAAGAUGCAAGGAUGAACGAGUUCAAUUAUGACGUUAACAAUCACACCAAUUGUCCAUUUGCUUCACACAUGCGCAAAACUAAGCCUCGAAGCAUUGUCAGCGACAGAGAUAUGAAUGAUAUCAUGCGUCGCGGCAUUCCCUAUGGGCCUGAAGUCGGAAUCAACGAGACCAAGACCGAGCAAGAUCGAGGACUGAUGUUCACAUGCUACCAAUCCAGUAUUGGUAAUGGCUUUCAAUUUCUGAAAAGAAGCUGGAUCAAUUUGGACACAUUCCCAGCCGACAAGACCGAGUAUACCGGUGGCGUCAACCCAGGACAAGAUGCAAUCGUGGGCCAACUCGUCAAGAAGCCUCAAAAACCAAAGCACAAAAUCUUGACGACUAGCUUGGUUGAUGGUAAAGGUCAGAAUACCACAACCAGCUUUCUCCCCUUUAUUCAGUCCAAUGGAGGAGAUUACUUUUUCUCGCCAUCUCUAAGCCUUCUUGGAGAGCUGGGCGGAAGGCCGACGUCUCUCAGUCACUCAAACUCAGACAACUGCUGCUGCGGCUCGUCUGAAGUUUGGCGUGGCAAAUUCAAUUACGAUUCUUUCGCGAGCAACGAAAAUAUGUGGGUUGUUUUUCCAAAAGGGCGGAAAGAUGGAGCACCGCUUUAUGUUCUGUUCACUUUCAGCGAGGAUUCGUAUGGAACCGUAAAGAACGGCAUUAACAAGCUCUACAAAUCUAUAAGAAUGAGCUCUGGUACCUUUACAACUAAAGGUGUUGACGGAAACGGUGCACAUUAUUACCAGUUUGAUGGUAGUUGGAGUGGUGAUGGCAAGACACUGAGCCUGAUAAUGUCCAAUUCAAAAGAGGAGUGUGCAAGGAUUGACCUGGUCCGCCAGUGA